UUUUGAAGUCCGAUUAACGUGAUUAUUUAAAGUGUAUAAUUUUAAGUUCAAACCGAUUUUAUAAACUGACGGGAAAACUAUGGAGUGCAAAGAAGAAGUUGAAGUGUUGUACGAGGAACUGGACGUUGAAAGUGUUGAGAUCAUCAAUCUGCUGAGUUCUUUUGGUUUAUCCGACCGAUUCGUGACGGAAUUCGUGGAAAACGGGUAUACGGUGGAAUUACUAAAAAAUAUUGAGCGAAGGGAGAUUGAAGACAUAAUCGGUCCUCCCCAUCUGGCUGAUCGAACGAAAUUAAUUGUCGCUCUCAACGAGUGGAGACAAGAACAGGGUCUGCCACCAGUCUCCACGCCAUCCGAUCCUUCAAAAAGUCCCAUCAAACUCAAUCGAUCAACAAACUUGCAGCGCCAAGAUUAUACGGCCAGAUUUCUGAUUACUUCGUCACCGAGGGGAAGAGCCAUUAUUGAAAUAUAUGGGAGCACAAACAUCCUGACGAAAGCGCAGAAGAAAGCGAUCACUCACAUUGUCGUUGACGAUUUCAAGGACGUAUUUGGAAAGCUUACGAGCAGUGAAUUGAAAAAUAGAGCAGCGGAACUCAAACAACUGUUUCCCACUGAAUCGGAGGAACGAGACCUUCUGUCUGAAGCGGCAAGUUUGAAUGAAUUUUAA